UAAUCAUGGCGGCUGUGUCUGGAUGUGAGCAGCAGAUGUAACGUUUUUCACCGUAAACGAUGUUGUUUGAUUCUCUGCCCGGGCCAUGAACCGGACGCCGGUGAGCAGAGGGACCGCAGCCCCGCAUGGAGGCGUGAGGAAGAGGAGGACAGACGCCAUGGAUCAGGAUGGCUCUGCUGGAUGCUCGGACGCUCUGAUUCCUGGUGACUGCUUUUGUCAACCAAGGCUCUAAAUGGUAUUUUUGAUGUAGUUUAUCAUUUGCUGUGUUUUUUCAUGCAGAUCCUUGGUUAGAUUAGGUCACCUUGUUCCAUGUCCUGUUGCAGUGUGAUCAUGGCCAGUCUGAAUGGACCCUCAGCUCUACUAUGACUGUUAGUGCUUCUGCUGCUUCCCAUGUCUCUCUCAGUAACAACACUAUGAUAGGCUCUCCAGAUGUGGUAGCUUUCACUAAAGAGGAUGAAUAUGGGCAGACCGUCCCAGAGCCUUUGGAUCUCCCAGAGGAGUUCUCCAUACCCCUCCACCCUGUGGCUGACUCCAACCCCUGGGCCAAAACCUCCUACGCCAAGUUCACCAAAGACUUCAUCCUCAUCUCAGAGUUCUCGGAGCAGGUGGGCCCCCAGCCUCUCCUCACCAUCCCAGAUGAUCCGAAAGUCUGCGGCACCUUCGAUCUCAACUACUUCUCCCUGCGGAUCAUGUCGGUGGACUACCAGGCCUCCUUCGUGGGGCAUCCGCCUGGCAGCGGAUAUCCCAGACUCAGCUUUGUGGAGGACUCAAGGGUUGUUCUUGGGGACUCAAAGGAGGGGGCUUUUGCCUACGUCCAUCACUUCACGCUGUACGACCUGGAGGCCAGGGGCUUUGUGCGGCCCUUCUGCAUGGCGUAUGUAGCGGCAGAUGAGAAGAAAAUAAUGCUCCAGUUUCAGGAGCUGUCUCUGCGUUUUUCACAGGCCUCUGAGUGUCUGAAGGCUGGGAACAGAAGAGCCUUCGCCAAGGAACUCCAGAGGAAGCUCCAGGACCUGGAGUACACCCACUCUGUGCUGCAGCGGGAGGAGGGCCUGCAGAGAGAGGCGGGGCCACAGUGCGUUUACUCCGCCCACACUGUGGAGAAGGCCAAUGAGCUCGCCAACGUAGAGAAGAGCAUUUACGAACACAGGGACCUGCUGAAGCAGAUCAGCGCCUACCAUCGCCGCCCACGCCGGGAUCCGCAUGCCGUCUCGUGCCAGAAGUGUAUGAGCGAGUGUUUGAGGGAGUGUGAGGAGCUGUUGGACAAAUAUGCCAAGCUAGCUAAUCCCCUCAGUUACAGGGGAAGCGGGCGAGGUCUGUCUGUUGAUGGCCGAGGGGAAGAAGGGGCGGAUGAAUUGGACGAUGAGGUGAUUAAACGCAGGCCAUCGUACACGCCGCAGCUCAUCAAAGCAAAGUCUGCCAAGUGUUUUGACAAACGCCUCAAGACCUUGCAAGAACUGUGUGAGGAGACCUUCUAUGAGGCCACUGUGGAGCUUCUGAAAGAGACAGAGAGGAGUUUCCGCGGCGACCUGUGUUACCUCUACACCCGUCGCCUGGACAAGACACUGCGCAGGAAGCUGAACAUCGUCAACUUCCUGUUUGAGGAAGACCUCAACGAUAAUAUUGAGGAUGAAGCCGAGACACUAAGACCGUUCUGUGCUGUGAAUCAUGCCAUAGACAACUACAUGCACUUAAACCCACCCCAUAUUACCCUGGGCUCAGAGGAUCUUGAACUUGAUGGUUUGAACCCUCAAGGUCCACAAGACACGGCGUGUGAAACCACCACUACCCAGGAGCUUGGACUUCUGGGAAGCCAUCUGGAAUCCUCUCCAUCGGACCAGACCUUUGAGACACAGGAGAGCUCAGAAGGGACCAAAAGCUUCAGUAGCGACAAGAGUUUAACAGAUCACGCAGAGAAACAGGAGAGCCUGGCGAGUGUUAAUACAGAAGGUCCUGAUCCGGACUCUGAUCUGACACCAGAACCCGACCAAAACACUUACCCUGAGAGGGAGAGUAGUAGUGAGGACAUGGAGACCACUGCUGGGGAGGAUGACUGUGACUCUGGUCAGGACCAGACCCCCGUAUCUUUGCUUGAGGUUGUGUCUGAGCUAGAGGCAAGAGACGGAGAUGAGCGCGAGGCGGGAACUCGCUCAGACCUGCUGGUUCCCAUGGACUCAGCCUGCUGUAUGGCUCAGGACGGUUUCCUUUACCAGGCAACUGACUCUGAUGCUGUGCUUUGCCUGAGUCCAAACUCCAACCCGAAUCCCACUCAGUUUCUGGUGGUGAACCAGGAGCCCCAUGCCCUCCAGCCUAUCCAGGAUGAGUACACAGUGGGGUCCUCCGGCUCACAGGGUCCAGCAGCAGGGCUGGAGCUUCCUGUUGGUCCCCUCGGCGAUUCUGUUUCACGCACCUCCUUGGAUGAUGGUUCAGACUGUACAAUGAGUGCUUCCACCGGCUCUGACCGGGCCGCCUCGCCGCUCGGCUACGGAGCGUCGGUGACCCUCCGCCAGAGGAAAAAAGCUGGUCAAGGGGCUUUAAGGUUUGUGCGGCAGUACUCAUUUGCCACGCAAGCAUUGUGGUGUCUGCUGAGCGGCAGGACGCUUGUGGUGCUCGGGGCGGACGAGGGGAGGGUCCGCCGCCUCGUGUCUGCUCUAGCUCUCUUCGUACCCAACCCUGGGAAGACCGGAGAGAGGGUUCAACCCUGGCUGUCCUGCCCCUUCACCCUCACCGACCUUCACAGGUGGAAACUUAUCGGGCUGCAAAGAGUUGCAUCUCCAGCUGGCUCCAGCACCUUCUACUCCCUGUCCCGAUACAGCCGCUACAUCUCCAUCCUGGACGCCGACAUGAAGACCCUGCGCUGCCCUCAGUACCGCGGCCAGCUCCUCGCCACCAUGGCCGACCACCGCACCUACAUCCGCCACGGCUCCACCUUCUUCCUCCACCUGCAGAGCACGCUCUGUCGCCUGGCAGCCCAGGCUUUCCUGCUCACCUUCACCCACCACCUCCACCUGCCCGUCAGCCCCACGGAGGGACCCGAGGCCGUGGAGUUCAGACGGCGGUGCUUCCUGCAGGAGCAGCUGGGGCUGGACGAGGAGGACAGCCACGUCCUGCUCUACCUCAGCCGGCUCAUCACUCAGCGCUACCUGCAGCCCGCUAACAUCAGCUGUUGUGCAGCUGUACCUUAUUUCAGUUUCAACUACAUCACCAGCAUUUUAUACAAAAUCUGAUGCUUGGGGUUCAUUUGGACCAUAAGAUAUUCUCCGUCUGCCUCACUGUGCUUCUCUCUAAUCUCACACCUUCCUCUCUUUGCAGGGAAAAACAAAAAAACAAACAGCCAAUAAGUGCUGACUGUCUCCGCGGUGUCCUCUUCUGGACACCUUCAUAUCCGAGCACCACCACCAUGUAAAUGAGACAGAAACAAAACACUCGCCUGCUGUAGCAUACCGGGCUUCUGGUCCGGGGUUCAGCUUUUAUAUCCUUGCAAAAAACCUGUUUUUCAGCACCGCAAGGUUUUCUGUUCUCUGUUUUGGGACAUAAGCACGUCGCAGCUUUUCAAAGCAGCGGUUCUCUUUGGAAACUAAUUCCAUCUGUCCCUUUUUUUUUUUCUCAUCUUGUUGACAAUUUUAGCUUUUGCGACCCAUGUCCGUGUAUAAAAAGGACAAGUGUCCUUUCUGUUCCAGACAGUAACAUAAUUUGGGGAUUGUUAGUAAGGACAUUUAACUUGUUUAAACCAUUUUUUUUUUAAUUAUGUUUAGCCUCAGUUUGGAUGAGAACCGGAUCCUGAGAAGAAUGAUGUUGUCUAUUAAACAGUUGGAACCAGAGAUGCAUUUUUUUUUUUUUUUUGGUAUAUUUAACAGUCAGGAAGAGUUUUAAAUCUAUUUAAUCUAAAAAUGUUUAAUGAAUUUCACUGUUGUCUUAAAGUUGUGUGAGAGUGACGUGUUUGUCUGCAUGAGAGUCUUGUGUCAGGGUGAUCACCGUGUUGAUAACGCUUCAGGUUUGUUACAAUAAGAUUUUAAGAAUACACUUUUAUUUCUCGUGCCAACAGAAGCCUAAGUUUCACUUCGGAUGCCUGCCUAACCUUUAUUUAUUAAACACAGAUGCACAGAUUGAGCUUUUAAUGCUUGCUACGUAUUUUUCCUUUUCCCUGAGCUCAGUAAUGCUGUUUUUUUUCCCUUUUUUUUAUAUUUUCUUGUCUGACAGAUAUAACUCUUUAAAGAAAACAAAGGAAUAACUAAAUCUCUUCCCAUAAAUUAAAUUAGAAUAUAUUAACUAUAUUUUUUAUGUUUUAUAUAUGUCAAAGGGUAAAACUGAUGCAUUU